AGUCAGCAUCUUGCCCUCCAACAACCUGGGUCCUCAUUUUUCUGAUCUCAGAAGGAUGGAAGUCGAGUCAAUCUAGAGUCGGUCAGAAUCAAACACCUGAUAGUAAGAAGUGAGUUAGUCUGCAGUACUCAUUCUAACCACUGCAUCACCAUGGCUCUUUCUUUAACCUAUUGGACUGAAUAGUUUCUGAACAGUCUUUCAUGGACAAACUAUUUUUGGGCAAUGUUUCCAUUAUAGGUUUGGAGAUGAUGCAGUUCAACUGAGUUUUGUGUGUAGUUAUAGAAAAAUGAUUGUGCACCGUGCACCAAUUUCUGUUACAAACAAGUAGGAGAUGAUUGAUUGUUCAGGGCUUCAUUGUAGAAUGUUACAUCAGCAGUAUUAUUUUUGUAGCUUGUUCACUCUGUAUCCCCCCCCCUUUUUUACAUACCAGACCCAUUGGUUCCCAGGAAGCUUUCUGUAAAGGUUGAGAAGGGAAAUCCUGCAUUGACUGUGACUUGGGCAAAACCUGUCAGCAAACCUGAGCGUUGCCAGCUGCAGCUGUGGCAUCCAGGAAAUAGCACCUUGUUACAGCUUCACACCUUGACUCAGUGGCAAGUCCGGCAUAUUUUUCAGGGACUAGUUCCAGGGAGAAAUUAUUCCAUAUCACUCACCUGUGUUGCUGGACCAUAUAAGGACAGUUCUGAAAUGAUAGUAAUGCCAAUAGAACCCAGUCAUGUGAAGAACCUGCAAUGUCUACCUGACACCACCAGUAUGUUUCUAAACUGGACAAUCAUUGAGAGUGACAUUAAAUUUUAUGAGCUGACUGUGAAUCCAUUUCCAAAGAGAAUUCUCCAACAACCAAUACUAGCUUUGGUUGUUUCCCAAACUAAUAUUACUCUGGUAGAGCUGACUACAAAUACCUCCUAUCAAAUCCAAAUUAAUGCUGUUGGCAGGAAUGACAUAAAGGGACCAUCUGUGACAAUCGUGUGCAACACAUCUGUGGAAGUUCUUCCACCUCCUGUGAAAAUGGACCUCCCACAAUUUGAUGCCAGUUCCAGAAUUGUCAUUUCUCCAGAUAUGUUCAGUGAAGAAAAUGGUCUCAUAGAGUAUUAUGGAAUUGUAGUCACCACCAAUGAGUCUUUACUAAGGCCUACUCAAGAAAUCAUUUCCCACACAUGGUAUGACCACUAUUACGGGCAGGAAGACUCAUAUUUGGCUAUGCUGCUGCCAAACCCAUUUCAUCUUAAUGAGAGCACCAACCUCAAAGCUUGGCCAGUGUCUGUGGGUGGAGAAGAUUGCAGCCACUCCCGAGCAACUUGCAAUGGAAAGCUGAAAACAAAUACACAGUACAGGUUCAGCAUAGCUGCAUUCACUAGAUACAGCCGACAGACUCCAAAAGUGUCCUUCACAGCAUUCUCAGCAGCAGCUGCUUCAGCAGAUUCUGCAACUCUGCCUGCCCCAGUUGUGGCUGGAAUCAUUAUGGGAUUCCUUGUGACAGUCACAGCCAUUUCUGUAUGGGUUUAUUGGAAACAUUUAAGAAAAAGAAG